UUCGAGUCUCAAACUCCCACGCAACUGGCUAUGGCUGCGCGACGACUCAAAUCCGUAGCUGAGGAGAAAAUGCCUCGUCAUAUGCUGACAAGAGUUUAUGGUGAGGAAGAAGGAAAAGUCGUAAAGAAGCGUUCGGUAGUACAACAACAUCUACCGCGUCCAAGACCGAUGGCUUCUAAUCAGGAGUAUGACGACAGCACGGAUUUGUCGGAUGUUGAGGUCAAGGAAAAAGCUCCUAUCGUUGCUGACGGCUUGAAUCAAUCCCGUUUGUUCAGCACCAGUGGUCCUAUCACGCUAAAUAUGGCACAGGUCUCAUGUGCCCCGAUGCGCUAUGCUGAAGCUUUUGCACGGAUGAUGUCGAUGAAUCCAGCAUUUGCGAUCCGAUCGAGAAUCGAUGUACCUGUGUGGUUGAAUAGGGAAGCGAUUGGAGUGGAACGGCGACGAUGUGCUCCGGUUCAUUUUGACGAACCCGAUGAGACAGAGCGAGGUCAAUCCCAACGAAGAAGGGUUCGUCGUCUUAUGGGAGUAGAAUCGGAUUCGGACUCAGAUACAAGUAUAGAUUCGUAUUUCAAAGUGAAAAUGGAAAUGCCUAAAUACUCUGAUAUCGAAGUGCCGAGAUGGCGGAAGCUGUCGCCCGAAGAACUCGUCGAUAUAACGCGCCAUGAAGAUGAUUCGUGCGAUCGUUGCUCUAGCACUCGUUUGGAGACACUGGUUGCAAGGAAGCAUUUACGGUUAGCAAAAGAAGAGCGACUGUAUUUUGAGGUGAGGUUUUUGGGCGGUUUGUAG